AUGUCUCUACUAGUUUCAAUAUUCUUUUGGAUUGGUAUUUUGGCCGUUGUACCUUACCUUGCACUUGUCGCAUACGGUGCAUACGGUUGUCCUGAACAAAAUCUUAAACAAAAAUACAACGCUCAGUGGGCACUAGUCACUGGAGGCUCUUCAGGUAUUGGUGCUGCCAUUGUUCGCAAGUUUGCAGCACAAGGUCUGAAUGUCGUUAUCGUUGCCUUGGAUGAUGCUGUCUUGACCAAAUUCAAAGAAACAAUCGUCAAAGAGUUCCCACGAGUCCAAUUUCGAUUUGUAGGAUGUGAUUUAUCGGAAGCUGCCGGUAAAGUUUACUUGGAAGCUGUCAAGAAGGCUACUCAAGAUAUUGAUGUUCAAAUUUUGUGCAACAAUGCUGGUUUCAUCACAACAGGUGGAUACGCUGAUGUUGCUCUUGAGAGAGAAAUGGCCAAUUUCCACACCAACGUGACUUCUGGGCUAGUUUUGACGCAUUACUUUGUGGACGAGAUGCUGAAUAAGGGAUUGAAAGGCCUCGUUACCUUUACCUCCUCCAGCGCAGGAUUUAUUCCUAAUCCAAUGUCUGCUCUAUACGCCUCUAGUAAAAUCUUCUUGACUACAUUUGCUGCCUCUCUUGCUGCAGAAGUGGCUGAAGCCAAGAUUGAUGUUCUUGCCAUCCAUCCUUCACCCAUCAAUUCUAGUUUCUAUAACAACGCCGGAAAGAUGUCUGCUCUCUUGACAGCACAAAAGUUUUCUUCUCCUCCCUCUGUCAUUGCUGAUACCAUUUGUCGUAACGCAGGUAAAAUCGUUAUUGUAGAUCAAGGACCUAUCACUGUUAUCAUGAAGAUUUUGAUGACCAAGGUGAUGGACUGGAACGUAUUUACUGAAAUCAUGAAACUGGGACUUCGCUUCAAUGGUGAUUAUAAAGCCAUGAAAGUAACUCGACCCAUGAAAAACAAAUGA